GUUACGCUAUGUCCCCAGGAAGUGUUGUUGUCACUGGAGCCAAUCGUGGAAUUGGUCUUGGACUUGUCAAACAAUUUGUCAAAGAUAAGAAUAUUCGUCAUAUUAUUGCAACUGCAAGAGACGUUGAAAAGGCUACUGAUUUGAAAUCUAUCAAUGAUCCACGUCUGCAUGUUAUCCCAUUGGCACUUACAUGUGAUAAAUCAAUGGACAAAUUUGUAUCAAAAGUUGGUGAUAUCGUUGGAUCGGAUGGACUCAAUUUACUUGUCAAUAAUGCGGGAAGUGCUGUGAAAUAUUCAACCAAAGCAGAACCCAGCCGUGCCAAACUUGUGGAGCAGUUCGACGUGAAUACUUUCAGCGUAGUUAUUUUGAGCCAAAAACUACUACCACUUCUCACGAAAGCAUCAUCCAAAGUGUCUGGAGAUGAACUUUCUGUGUCACGUGCUGCAGUUGUCACAAUCUCAUCUGGACUCGGAUCAAUCACUGAGAACACAAGUGGAUCUGGAGUCAUCGAAGGUCUUGCAUACAGAAUGAGCAAAUCUGCAGUUAAUAUGUUUGCUCGAACAUUUGCAAUUGAUAUGAAAGAUGAUUACAUUUUGGCAGCCAACUUCUGUCCAGGAUGGGUUCAAACUGAUAUGGGAGGAAAACAUGCUGCUUUAACGGUGGAGCAAUCGACUUCUCAGCUAGUUUCCAGUUUCAAUAAACUCGACAAGACUCACAAUGGAGGAUAUUUUCGCAAUAAUCUUACCCCAUUUCAAUUUUAAAUGUCCAAUGUAAAAGGGAACUGUCAAAUUUUAGAGAUGUGCAGAAUAAAACUUUGGAUUC